AGUCGCUACACUUGAUCUCCCAGCAGUGGUAUUUGCACGGAAAGGGGCAAAAUUUGGGCAAGAUCCAGCCGUGUGCAAGGGACAGAUCCGAGGUGUCUGCUGCGCGGAUUACACUGGGAUACAUUAGGACGAGGGGUUCCCCCUGGGAUCGGAGCCUCGAAGCGCCUCUUUCUCCAUGUAGACAGCGCGGGGUGGGGCUGCUGAGCGCCAAAGCCGGCCGAUUCCGGCAGGAUCCAGCUUUUCCCGUUUUCCGCGGCGAGGGGCUUUUUGAAGGAGCCUGUCUCCACAUUCCUGAUUUGCUGGAUAUUGUGGAGGGCUCGUCCUGGGCUGGGCUGGGCUGCUGCUGCUGACGCGUGGCCGCGGCUGCUGCUGCACGUCCCUCUGACGUGUUGGAGCCAGACCUAGACCCAGCAGAGACCCGGGCUCCAGCUCGCUGCUGCUGCUGCGCCGGUUUGCCAAGAUGUGAAUCCUGGUAGCCUUGGGUUGAAGUGUGUACUUGAAAGAUGUUGCAGUGAUAGAUGUGUGCAUGUACUUCAUCGCAACUUAGACAGCAAAGAUAAACCAGGUCUGGCCAUCUUGUUUUACAGCAUAAUCAACCAUGACGACAGAAUCGGGAUCAGACUCUGAAUCCAAGGAUCAAGAUCAAGACCAGCAAGAAGCCCCUGCCCAGCAAGGGACACCUGGGGCACAACCUCAAGCCCAGCAGCAGCAGCAGCUCAGUGAGGAGCAUCAGAACGCGCUAGACCAGUUCUCUGCUGUGGCAGCACAUAGUACGCCUGUGAAGAAAGAGCAGGUCACUGACCGAGAACGGGAGUUUGCUGCUGCUGCUGCAAAACAGCUGGAAUACCAGCAGUUUGAAGACGACAAGCUCUCUCAAAAAUCCUCAUCUAGCAAACUCUCCAGAUCUCCUCUAAAGAUUGUUAAAAAGCCGAAAAACAUGCAGUGCAAAGUGACGCUCCUGGACGGCUCUGAAUAUGGAUGUGAAGUGGAGAAACGUUCCAGAGGUCAAAUAUUGUUUGACAAAGUAUGUGAACAUCUAAAUCUUUUGGAAAAGGACUACUUUGGGCUAACAUACAGAGACAUGGAAAACCAAAAGAACUGGUUGGACCCUGCAAAGGAAAUCAAAAAGCAGAUCCGAAGUGGUGCUUGGCAGUUCUCCUUUAAUGUGAAAUUUUACCCUCCCGAUCCUUCCCAGCUGUCUGAAGAUAUUACCAGGUACUACCUCUGCUUGCAGCUGAGAGAUGACAUAGUGUCUGGAAGGCUGCCUUGUUCUUUUGUUACUCUUGCUCUUUUGGGGUCCUAUACCGUUCAGUCAGAACUUGGAGAUUAUGAUCCUGAUGAAUAUGGAAGUGAUUAUGUCAGUGAAUUCCGGUUUGCACCAAAUCAUACUAAAGAACUGGAAGACAAAGUAAUCGAGCUGCACAAGAGCCACAGGGGAAUGACACCUGCAGAGGCUGAGAUGCAUUUCUUGGAGAAUGCCAAAAAACUAUCCAUGUAUGGAGUGGAUCUACAUCAUGCCAAGGAUUCUGAAGGAGUUGAAAUCAUGUUAGGGGUUUGUGCCAGUGGUCUCUUAAUAUAUCGAGACAGACUCAGGAUAAAUAGAUUUGCCUGGCCAAAGGUUCUGAAAAUUUCAUACAAGAGGAACAAUUUCUACAUCAAAAUCCGACCAGGAGAGUUUGAACAGUUUGAAAGCACUAUUGGGUUUAAGUUGCCAAAUCAUCGUGCUGCAAAGCGUUUAUGGAAAGUAUGUGUUGAACACCACACAUUUUUCAGGCUAUUGUUACCGGAGGCACCGCCAAAGAAAUUCCUUACACUGGGUUCCAAAUUCCGCUACAGUGGAAGAACACAAGCCCAAACCAGACGAGCCAGUGCACUAAUAGACCGUCCUGCACCUUACUUUGAGCGUUCUUCCAGCAAACGUUAUACUAUGUCUCGCAGUUUAGAUGGGGCAUCAGUGAAUGAAAACCAUGAAAUGUACAUGAAGGAUUCUAUGUCUGCUGCAGAGGUUGGUACUGGCCAGUACGCCACAACAAAGGGCAUCUCUCAAACCAACUUGAUAACCACUGUGACUCCAGAGAAAAAAGCAGAGGAAGAAAGAGAUGAGGAAGAGGGCAAAAAAAAAGGAGAGGAAAUCACUCCAGUCUCUGCAAUACGCCAUGACACAAAGUCAUCUUUGCUUGGCACUGAUUCAUUUCAUUCCUCAUCAACCUCACAGUCUGGUCCCCCUGUAUCUUCAACAAAGCUUCGUAGGAGAUGUAAGGAGAAUGCUCAAAACCCAUUAAGUUGUGAGUCAUCUAAAGACAUUAUGCAAAUGCACGGUGAGUCUGACUUGGACUCUGAUAGAAAAGGAAGAGUUUGCUCUGCUGAACAAGACAUGGCUUUUAGUUAUAAGCAAAAAGCUGGUAACGGCGGAACACUGUUUUCCUUCUCCUUGCAACUUCCAGAGUCAUUUCCUGCUCUCCUGGAUGAUGACGGCUACCUUUCCUUCCCUAACCUCUCUGAAACCAACUUCCUGCCUGAAAGUGUGCAGCAUUACCUUCCCAUCCGAUCACCAUCCCUCGUGCCUUGUUUCCUUUUCAUCUUUUUCUUUCUGCUGUCUGCCUCAUUCUCAGUGCCAUAUGCUCUCACUCUCUCCUUUCCUCUGGCUAUGUGCCUCUGCUACCUGGAGCCCAAGGCGGCCUCCUUGAGUGCCUCACUUGACAAUGACCUGAGUGACAGUUCAGAGGAAGAGACUGACAGUGAACAGACGGAUACUGCAGCUGAUGGUGAAACUACUGCCACAGAGUCGGAUCAAGAGGAAGAUGGAGAUCUCAAGGCACAGAAUAGUCUGAUUAAGCGAAUAAAGGGUGAAAAUGUGUAUGUCAAACAUAGUAAUCUUAUGUUAGAGGAGCUAGAUAAAAAUCAAGAAGACCUGAUGAAACACCAGACCAAUAUAAGUGAACUGAAACGAACUUUCUUGGAAACCUCCACAGACACUACAGUGUCUAACGAAUGGGAGAAGAGGCUUUCGACAUCUCCAGUUCGGCUUGCUACAAGACAGGAGGAAGCUCCUAUGAUUGAACCACUUGUGCCUGAAGAGACCAAAGAAGAAAAAGAAAAAUCUGAAAAACUUAUAUUUUUGCAGAAGGGAAGUACUACAUUCCUGGAGUCGCAGCCAAGGGAGAUAGAGAAGAAGCUGCAGGAAGGAGAAUCUGCUGGCACUGUUGUUACUUCUCAUCAAAUCAUUUUCCAGAAAAGUGUUCCAUCAUCCUUAGAGGGCUCUGAGGAUUGGGUUAUUGUAGACAAAAUACCUACUGAGGUAGUUGAUGGUGAAUCGAAAAAAAUUGUGACAUACAAAGUAAUGACUGUGCGCAGUAAAACUGGUGACAUUCCACCUGAGAUAUUAAAAUCCAGUACCAUUGAAAUGCAAAGCUUUGAGGACUUGGAAUAUGAAAUACAAUCAAAAGAGGAGAAUAAACAGAAAAUGUACACCUUAGGAAAGUCCUAUGACGCUGUAUCCGGGAAAAUUGUAACCAUGACAAGUAAAGCUAAAGAGGGAGAGAAAACAGUGCAGUCAUCACUAGAAGCAUUUCAAAAAAUGGAGAGGGGAAUGCCAGAAUCUGUGAAAAUCAUUCCAGUAGUGGCUGAAUAUGAAAUUCUAGAGCCCAUCACAGACGAAAAAGCCAGGAGGGGAUCCGAUGUACAGAGUACAAAAAGAAAGCUGUCCGAAUCUUUGACACCUAUAAAGGAAGCAGAGUCUCAGUUGCAUAGUCCUGAAGAGGAAAGUUUGAAGAAAGCACAAAAGAUGGACCAGGAUUUUCAUGGUACACUGGGAAGUUUGCAGUUUGGCAGAGCUGAAAAGCACCUUGACAGUGAAGCUCUGAAAGCAGGGGCAUUUGGUCGGAAAGAUAAGAGCCUAUCUGAGUGGAGAUAUUCCAGAGAACAGCCAUUUACCAUUGCUACUGCUCACUAUGUUUCUGAGUCGUCUGCAUCAAGAGUAGUGACUAAACAGUCCUCCAGUGAAAAAACCUUGGAUGGUUCAGAUAUCUUCAGUUUAUUAGAGUCUGCGAGAAAACCAACUGAGUUCAUAGGAGAGGUUACUUCUACUUCACAUAGCAGGGCUCAGAGAACGGAAACAAAGACCGGCCAGGAGAUAAGUGUCAGCGAAAUGAAGGAAGAGAUUCGGCCAUAUCAGGAUGCAGUGAAGAAGGUUGUGCAGGAGACUGUAUUGGUCGAGGAGAGAUAUGUGACGAAUGUGCAUGCAAGUGGGGAUGCUGUUAAAUUGGCUGGAGAUCAGCUGGAUGCUAUGGCACAGGCAGGAUCUGCUGUUGCUUCUAGUAUGAAAGGAAAGGAGGGUUCAGCUGUGACUGAGGGGGCUACAGAGGAAAAAAGGGAGGAGGCUGAUAAAGCUGUAACCAAACGGGAAGAAAUUGCUGCUGCUUCUCAUCAGCAAGAGGAGGAGCAGAGUGCAACAGUCCACGUUUCUGAUACAUUGGAAAGAAAACCUCAUUUUGAGCAGUCACCAGUUGUGAAGACUGAAACCAUCAGCUUUGGCAGUGUUUCUCCAGCUGGGGAGAAGCUUGAAAUGUCUACCAAGGAAGUUCCCAUAGUUCAUACAGAAACAAAAACCAUUACAUAUGAAUCAUCACAGGCAGAUUCUGGUGCUGACUCAGAGCCAGGUGUGUUGAUGAGUGCACAAACCAUCACAUCUGAAACUACCAGUACUACAACUACUACACAUAUCACAAAAACUGUGAAAGGAGGCAUUUCAGAGACAAGAAUUGAAAAACGAAUAGUCAUCACAGGAGAUGCCGAUAUUGACCAUGAUCAGGCGCUGGCUCAGGCAAUUAAAGAGGCCAAAGAGCAGCACCCUGACAUGUCAGUGACCAAAGUAGUGGUACAUAAAGAGACAGAAAUCACACCAGAAGAUGGGGAGGAUUGACCCACAGGAAUAAUUUAGCUUGCAUACGAAUCCAGUCAUGCACACCCUUAGGAAUACCAGAGCCUAUAUGGAGUCUCAGUUCUAACCUGACUGACUUGUAUCUGUCCAUGGAAAAUUUCAGUACCGAAGAAUUGAUCUUAAACACUAAUAAAGACACUGGCAGAGAUAUUUUCCCGUAUAAAGCAAUCUGAAUCAGCAUCAGUAAAACAAUAUUGCAUGAAGCAACGAUAAAUUUACAGAAAAGCAGCAUUUUAAAUUUUCAUUAUAUCUAAGUUUUCCGCUAUACCUGCACGUUCAUAAACAAUAUAAACAGUGAUCUAAUGUAACACAUAAACAGUUCAUGCCUUUCACGUUUUAUUAAAUCUAAACAUAUUACAAUUUGUUAGGUGGCAAACCUUUUGUUUAUGGAUACUGUAAAUGAAGAUUACCCUAAACUGCUAGAAGCUGUAUAGGUACUGUGUAUAAUGUUUUAUCACACAUUAGAUGUGCCAAUAACACAGUUUAUUCAGGAAACAAUUUGAAUCUUGUAUUUGUUUUAUCUGGUUUUAUUACUGUUGCCUGAUAAAAAAUGAUGAAUCUCUAAUCUUAUCAAAAUAUUUAAAUUCUUACAAAAUGUGCUUUGCAUACCUGAUUUAAUACCUUGUGAGGUAGUAAAGAUUUCAGCACAUUUACUUGACUUCAAGAUUUUUUGUCAGCAUUGUUCAGCGUUAAAGUCAGAAAGUUUCCAGUCACCCUUCAGAAGUUCUAACCCUGUUAAUUAUAUGUAGUUAUUUUGGAGAAAAUCUGUAUUUUCCUUAGUUUAUAGUGUUACAAAAUUAUUAUUCUGAAAUAACCUUGAUGGUUUUUUAUUGACUUCCCUUUUGUUCUCAGAGAAAAAAACGUUUCAUUUCAGAAUCUGGUUAGCAGCAUUUACUAUCUAGUUCAGAGCCAAGCCUUAAACUGUACAGAACAUCCACUGAAAACUCAUUAGUAUUCCGUUAUAAUAUCCACUGAAGGGAUAUAGUCUCCAUUACACUCUCAGCUGCGUCACAAUACAUGGUGAAUGUAUGUUUCUGCAUAGUGAAAUAAAAGUGGUAAAUGCAUCCAAAAUUGUAUUGUUCUGUGUCUAAAAGAAUCCAGUGUUUUUUAUAUUCAAAACCCAAGUAAUAUCUGUAUGAUAUCAAAGGCUUUAUUCAUCUGCAUAGUAGAUGUGUCCUGUCUUACAAUGGACCACAGUACGCCGUGCAGACAACUGGAGUUUGCAGGGGAGCCUACGGGAUAAUAAUAUGAAAAUGUACUCCUUUGAGUAAAAUGAUGUUCGCAAAGGAAAAAGAACAUUAUGCUUCUUUUUUCUAUAGCGGUGUACUGUGUUUCAAUUACGUUAAAUGGAAAUUAUUUGUGUUUGGCUAACAAAAUUAUAAUGAAAAUGUAGCACUGGCUCAAGAUCUGUUUUCGUUUCUAUUUUUGCUCUGAAUCAUGGAUGAAUUAUCUAUUUAAGAGAAUCCUUACUUUUCUGUUUGCUGUUGCUUGCUCCUUGACCACACUUGGAUGGCAUUCCCUUGGGGAUUUAAGAUGGAUUUGUAGAGGCUUAAAUCAUCCUUCAAUCCAUAAACCCUGGUAGGAUGCAAGAAAUAAAUACAAGUGAACUUGUGUACAUGGGGCUCCCUCUCAUUGACUUCAGUGGAGGGCAGGAUUUGGCCCAUAGAUUUGUUACAAGUAUUUAUUUUCUUAAUUUAGAAAGAAAGAAAAGAGAAUAUAUCAAGAGAAUAAUUUGUAGUUAAUAAUUAAAAAGAAAUCGCCUGAGGCUUUGACUGCUCUACUGUCUCUCUAAAAUGAUGUUUUAAAUCAGCCAUUCUUCAUGUCUUUGUUGUUUAAGACCUCCCUUUAUGUAUCUCCCCUUCUAGCACAUCAGUCAUCUCUCACCUAUUACCUAAUGAAUAAUGCAAAGAUUGUGUUCUUAUGUUCAUAUUUUUGGAGUUCUCUUCCUGACCCUCUUCCUAAUAUAACAGAAUGUGUCUAUAAAUUCUGUUCCUUCCUAGAAUUGGAUUUCUUUCCUCCCCUCUCCCCCCCUCCCCCCACUUCAGCUACAGAGAGAAGAGGUAUCUACCCUGUUUCUCAGCAGACUACAUUCCAGGCUCUUGCUUCUGUAUUAAGAGUUUAAAAAUAGACUCUGAAGCCAUAUUGAUCUUCCCUCAGGUGGCCCUUACCUUGUCAGCUAAGAAACAGCAUUAUGUUACCUCAGAGAUGUGAGUGGCUACUAUACUGCCUUCUGUCCAGAGUUACCCUUAGCAUUAUAUUUUAGCAUGGCUUGAGGGAAAUGUACUAUAGUGAUUAUGUACAGUAUGUAUGCUGUCUGAAGAUACUGUAUCUUUGAGGUUAGUCUCCUUCAAAAGCUAGGGUAUGGCCUAAGCAUGUUACAGAGUAAGAGAAGAUUAGAGUGGAUCGGCGAUGACAUCUCAGUCAUUGUUAGCAGCAGACCUUUGUUUGGGGUAAUUCCUCGGAAUGGUCCUGGGAAUAAUAGUUUUGAUUUUUGUUAGUGACUGUUUCUUGGGUUGUCUGCCUAAUGCUGUGCCACAUGAAAUAAAGAACACUUUCCUGUUUCUACCAGA